AUGAAGACUGCUUUGCUGCGGGAGGUUGACGUACAAGUCGUCCGGGUCGAGCCACGCGGACGCAACUGUCCGUCACCUGUUUACGUGUUUGCGAUUCGUCCGCGUAGUUGCAGCCACAACGACAACAAACCCGUGGCUCGACGACAGGACUUGGACCACGCCGAACUUGUCGACCAAUAUAACGCACCGGUGGUCCACGAGGUGAAACGCACGUAUACUCACUGCCGGACGUUGUAUCGAGACCUCCAGCGGCUGACCGACUGCAGGAAAGCCCAAGCGUGCUGCUGUGCGUUCGAUUCGUGUCCCUUCUGGUCGUUGUCACUCGUGCUCGACAGCCUCAAGUUCCCAAGGCGGACGCUAUUUAAUCAUCAGUCUAAGCGUGUCUUUGCACAGCGGACGCACGCUCUCAGUGCCUUGAUUCGCACCGUGUUGACAGUGCUUCAGAACAACUACCGCAUCGAUCACUUUCGCAGCGACGACGACGACUUCAAGUCGGACACCCGCGUGUGUAAAGUGUUGCACACGUUGUCUCGGUUCCUCGAGCUUGACAGGUCGGACGUGGAGCAGCGUCUGCUGGAAGGCAGCGACCGAUGGGCGUGCAAAUUAAACCUACGUGGUUGGCAGUCGGACCGAUGCAAUCUGUACUUCCAAGGCGAGACCACGCACUGUCACGCGACGUCGGGUCCUCCCGUCCGAGACCGCAAGUCUAUGGAACUCUCUCAAUCACUGGCCACGUCCGACGACGAGGUCGGCGAUAAAUAUCCGACGACCACCACGUCGGACGACGACGAGCAUUACUCACUGCAUUGA